AUGCGAGACGCCAUCACAUUCCGCGCAGAGCAGAAUGCUUGGCACGCAAAUACGCAUACGUGCCAAGCGACCAAUGGGCAACGCGUGCACAGAAUAGACGUAGAGACCAACAACACGUCUCUGAUUGUACCGCUUGGCGUCUACGUUCGGUAUGCUGGUCAUGCGCCUAGCCUUACUCUUAGCGGCUACCUCGGCCUUGAUCUCGGCCCCAUUCCCCUUUGGAUUGUGACCAGCAACGGGCUUGGUACACCUGUGGGACAGGAGGAUGUACAGUCUUUACAGAACGAGAACGUACCAUUCACGCGACCCAAUGGGACGAGAAGGACGUCACUGUUUUUCAGGAUCAGGUGGCCCGGGUAUCCUGAAUGGGAAGCGCAAGUCCGUCUCGAUAACAACAAGACGACGGACGCGUUCACGUUCAAACGUCUGGUGGAGCUUGUCAAGGGACAGGUUCGGAAGUUCAUCAAGGUACGGCGGCGGCGUUCCAAUCCUAGUCAAGAAGAUGUGCUUAGCCUUGAUGAUUAUGUAUUUCCUCACCAUCAAGAGACACUUCCUGUCGACAUACUAAGAUCGACACUUUUUUUCAGCUAG